AUGUCCGUGACUUUACAUUUAAGAGGUGAAACUAAACCGCUAGAACAUCGUGCUGCCUUGACACCUACUACCGUCAAGCACCUAAUCGGCAAAGGCUUCAAGAUAUAUGUCGAGGAAUCACCACAAUCCAUAUUUAAAAUCGACGAAUACAGAAGAGCUGGUGCUAUUAUCGUACCAUUUGGCUCCUGGAUCAGUGCUCCUCGUGACAGAAUAAUUAUUGGUUUGAAAGAAAUGCCAGAAGAAGACAAGUUCCCAUUGGUGCACGAACACAUCCAAUUUGCUCAUUGUUAUAAAGAUCAAGCAGGCUGGAAAGACGUUCUGCGUAGAUUCAUAAACGGUAACGGUACCUUAUAUGACUUGGAAUUUCUAGAGGACGACAACGGCAGAAGAGUUGCUGCUUUUGGAUUUUAUGCAGGUUUUGCUGGUGCAGCACUUGGUUUGGCAGAUUGGGCCUUCAAACAAACACAUAAGGACAGCGAAGACUUGCCAGCUGUCUCCCCAUACCCAAACGAAAAGGCUUUGAUCAAAGAUAUUGGCAAGGCUUACAAAAAUGCAUUGAAGACUGGUGCCAAAAAGCCAAAGGUACUAAUAAUUGGCGCUUUAGGAAGAUGCGGUUCCGGUGCAAUUGAUUUCUUGAAGAAGGUUGGCCUUCCAGAGGAAAAUAUCAUUAAGUGGGAUAUUCAGGAAACUUCAAGAGGUGGCCCAUUCCCUGAAAUAGCAGCUUCUGAUAUCUUCAUCAACUGUAUUUACCUUUCCAAACCAAUUGCACCUUUUAUCAAUUACGAACUACUAAACAAACCUGACAGAAAGCUAAGAACAGUUGUUGAUGUGUCCGCCGACACAACUAAUCCACACAACCCUAUUCCAAUAUAUAACAUCGCUACUGUCUUCAACAAGCCAACAGUCAAGGUAAAUACCAGUUCAGGUCCAAAACUAUCUGUCAUUUCAAUCGACCAUUUGCCUUCCCUAUUACCAAGAGAAGCUUCUGAAUUCUUCGCACACGACCUAUUACCUUCCCUAGAACAACUACCAAGCAGACAUGUUUCUCCAGUAUGGGUAAGAGCUGAGAAAUUAUUCAACAGACAUUCUGCCCGUGCUAUUAGAGAAUCUAAAUUAUGA